GUGAGCAGUAGGCCAAGUUGCACCCCAAGUGAAACUUCUUCGCUAUAAAACCCCAAAUAGAGCUGACCGCUCCCCUUCCAUAAACCCUAAAUAGGAGCCACCAUUUGCUUCUUAAACCCCUACACUUGGAAGCGAAAAAUGGAUUGUCGAAGCAACAAUGAGAAUGAGAGCUCGGGAAGCAAGAUGAAAUGUGAGUAUGAAGAGCAAGAUGAAACUAUAACGGAAAGUUCCAACGUUGAGGUGGAGGAAGACACCUCCAUGUGUGAGGUUGGGGGCGACAAGACUAGCGCUGACUAUUAUUUCGACUCAUACUCUCACUUCGGCAUUCAUGAAGAGAUGUUAAAGGAUGUGGUGAGAACUAAGACUUACCAAAAUGUUAUUUACAAGAACUCCUUCUUAAUCAAGGAUAAAGUGGUCCUUGAUGUGGGUGCUGGCACAGGAAUCCUAUCCCUCUUUUGUGCAAAAGUUGGUGCCAAACAUGUUUAUGCGAUUGAGUGCUCCAGCAUGGCUGAUAUGGCCAAAGAAAUUGUAAAACUCAAUGGGUUCUCAGACGUUAUAACUGUUAUCAAGGGAAAGGUAGAAGAGAUUGACCUUCCAGUUCCACAAGUGGACAUCAUUAUUUCUGAGUGGAUGGGAUAUUUUCUACUCUAUGAGAACAUGUUAAAUACAGUCUUGUAUGCUCGUAACAAAUGGCUGGUAAAAGAUGGCCUUGUGCUGCCAGAUAAAGCUUCUCUCUAUUUAACAGCAAUUGAAGAUGCUGACUACAAGGAUGAGAAAAUCGAAUUUUGGAAUAGUGUGUAUGGUUUUGAUAUGAGCUGCAUUCGGAAGCAAGCUAUAAUGGAGCCACUUGUUGAUACAGUAGAUCAGAAGCAGAUUGUUACAAACUGCCAAUUACUCAAGACAAUGGACAUUUCUAAGAUGGCUUCUGGUGAUGCUUCCUUCACAGUUCCAUUUAAGUUAGUCGCAGAACGUGACGAUUACAUUCAUGCCCUUGUAGCAUACUUUGAUGUCUCUUUCACGAAGUGUCACAAAUUGAUGGGCUUCUCAACAGGACCAAGGUCUCGUGGUACACACUGGAAGCAAACGGUACUCUACCUGGAAGAGGGGCUUACACUUUGCCAAGGGGAAGCUGUAGUUGGGAGCAUGACUGUGGCCCCCAACAAGAAAAAUCCUCGAGAUGUUGAUAUAAUGCUCAAGUACUCUGUAAAUGGUCGGCGUUGUUUUGUUUCAACGACUCAGCAGUAUCGGAUGCGAUAAUGCAUGGUGUUGAAGAGCAUAUGAUUCUGCUAUGUUUUCUGAUUGUCCCUCUUUGGAGUAAAGCUGCCAUAGUGUUGAAGAGCAUAUGAUUCUGCUAUGUUUUCCUGAUUGUCCCUCUUUGCAGUAAAGCAGAACGAGUCUUUCUUCACCGGAUAUCUAUAUUCAGAGCUAAUAUCAUUUAAUAUCCAGCUGACCCUUUCCAGGAGGCAAAUGCGAAUUUAUGUCUAUUGUUUCUGCUGAUUGUUUCUCCCACAAACUGGGUCAUUUUCCUUUCUAUUUGUUCUGAUAUGCAACUACAUCUUUUUGGCUGCAUUUUAUAUGAGGCAAGAAAGGACAAUAUUACGAAAAA